AUAACAUUAACUGUCCGAACCAAAUAAAUCAAAUACUCAGAAAUUCCUAGAAAAAUUGUUAAUCAAAUCCAUGAGUUCAGAUAACAAACUGCUUCCGAAGCGAAUCAUCCUCGUCCGUCACGGCGAAUCCGAAGGAAACCUCGACACGGCGGCUUACACCACGAUCCCCGAUCACAAGAUCCAGUUAACCGAAUCCGGUUUACUUCAGGCGCAAGAAGCAGGAGCGCGUCUCCACUCCUUGCUCUCCUCCAACUCUUCUUCGCCAGAGUGGCGUGUCUACUUCUACGUUUCUCCUUACGACCGGACUCGAUCCACGCUCCGUGAGAUCGGACGGUCCUUCUCGCGUCGCCGUGUGAUCGGUGUGAGAGAGGAAUGUCGGAUCAGGGAACAGGAUUUUGGGAAUUUUCAGGUUAAAGAGAGAAUGAGAGCGACUAAGAAGGUUAGAGAGAGGUUUGGUCGGUUCUUUUACCGGUUCCCGGAGGGUGAAUCUGCCGCCGAUGUCUUUGAUCGUGUCUCAAGUUUUCUUGAGUCUCUAUGGAGAGAUAUUGACAUGAACAGACUACACAUGAACCCGACUCAUGAUCUAAACUUUGUGAUCGUCUCACAUGGGUUAACAUCGCGUGUGUUUCUGAUGAAAUGGUUUAAGUGGACAGUGGAACAGUUUGAGGCACUGAACAAUCCCGGGAAUAGUGAGAUCAGAGUUAUGGAGUUGGGACAAGGCGGUGACUACAGCUUGGCGAUUCAUCAUACUGAGGAAGAGUUAGAGAAAUGGGGUUUGUCACCAGAGAUGAUUGCAGAUCAGAAAUGGCGGGUUAACGCGCAUAAAGGCGAAUGGAAAGAUGAUUGUAAAUGGUAUUUUGGUGAUUUCUUUGAUCAUAUGGCGGAUUCAGAUCAAGAAUGCGAGAGUACUGAAGAAGCUGAAACAAAAUUGAAUGAGGAACUAACCAACUCAGAAGAUAACAAUAUGUAA